GAUGUUGGACGCGAAAUCGUGUCGCGAUCAGUUCGUUGGGUGGUAGCACGCACGAUGUCGCGGCGCGAUGCGUCACGUGACUGACGUGAGAACGGACGAGCCGAGAACGUGAACGAGUAGUUUUACUUGUAAACUAAAAAGUAAUAAAAAAUAACAAGUUUCAACACACCUGACCAGGCUGUCGUCGAGCUGGUGGAAAACAAGACGGAGGUGGCUGUCGGAAGUGAAUCGCGUUGCCAGCAGCCCCGGAUCUAUCUCUCACUCUGACUGACGACGAACACAGUCGGGGUUAACAAUGUCCUAGCGAAGGCAGGAGUUCGUUUAGGCCGAUCCCCCUCGUCCUCUUCCGUUUCGUCCAGAAGAACCUUGAAUCCCGUUUUCGCUCCCUGACCUCCAAUCAUACCAACGCGACAUCGACCCGACAUCGUGGACAGACACACACGUGCACGGGUAACGCGUGCAGAGGUAGACUGGAACGCUUCUACGCAGAGGCGGCGGGUACACGUAAACCCUGAAUAGCUGGCAGACGGAUAGAAAGACGGCUUUACCGAAUCCAGCCAAGUCCAAAGUCCUUAAUCCCGUGGGGUGAUCCUGGCCCCGCCCGUACGCCUAGGAACCACACCCCGGCCAGAGAAGGAACUCAGGAUACAGAUUUACCCGGCUCUCUUACUCUCUCUAUCUCUCUCUCUCUCUCUCUCUCGCUCUGGUGAUGAUAGCGACACGUUGUGGAGGCUAACUGAUUGUGAGGUAGCUGUUGUUGAAGAAGUGGCGAAACUGGUGAAAAUCAGUGUCGGGAGCGGUCGAUCCGGGCAGCGGUAGUGGUGGCGGAACGGCAGGGGUACUAUGGGAGCGGGGGUAUGGGGGGCGGAGGAGGGCUACAAGCCACGGACCUCCGGCGAAGGCUCGAGUCCCGGUGUUCAGGAAGCACUUUUCCCCAGGGUCUUCCUUCCAUAAGACACGAUGGCUGCCGUGCAGCUGAAAGAAGCUUGUCUGCCCAGGAGGGAGAGAGUGGGGUCGACUUGGAAACGACGCUUGCUUCCGGUCAACCGACCUGUACUAGUUCUCGAUCGUACAGACGACACGAAAACGAGGAGAAUGAAGAAAAGAAGAAAGGUGCGAGAUGUACGUUGAACAAUGAAAAUGGUGUAAUCGAUUCUUUGUACGGAAAACUGCGGUUCUCCGUUGGAAGAUUUUUCGCCGCGGAUGGUGAGGAGGACGAAGAAGGCAAUAGGAAUAGGCAUCGGCUUCGAUGGUUUCGCAGGGACUUCCGGUGGCUCGCGGAUGUGGCGACGAGGACCCUGCUCCUCGGUAUCGUGCUUUUCAUCACGCCAGGUCUGUGCCACCAGGAUGCGGUGCACAUUACGGCAAUCCUGGGGGAGAGCGUUGUCUUCAACUGUCACGUAGAGUUCCCCGGUGAGCACCCAGUGCCGUACGUUCUCCAAUGGGAGAAGAAGGUAGGCAACGAGGGGCAGGAGAUACCGAUAUACAUAUGGUACGAGUCGUAUCCGACUCACAGUGGCGAGGGUUACGAAGGUCGAGUCUCGAGGGUGAGCCCGAAUUCACCGUAUGGCGUGGCGAGUCUCAACCUGACCGACAUCCGUGAAAGCGAUCAAGGAUGGUACGAGUGCAAGAUCGUCUUCCUCAACAGAUCGCCAAACAGUAACAAGAAUGGUACCUGGUUCCAUCUGGAUGUUCAUGCGCCACCGAAAUUCAGCAUAACACCGGAGGAGAUGAUCUAUGUGAACGUGGGCGACGCGAUAAUAUUGAACUGCCAGGCGGAGGGUACGCCAACACCGGAAAUCCUCUGGUACAAAGAUGCGAAUCCGGUCGAACCGUCGUCUACCAUCGGGAUAUUUAACGAUGGUACCGAGCUCAGGAUCUCGACGAUCAAGAACGAAGACAUUGGAGAUUACACUUGCAUCGCGCGUAAUGGAGAGGGUCAAAUCAGUCAUACAGCUCGCGUUAUAAUUGCUGGUGGAGCAGUGAUCACGGUACCCCCGACAAAUCAGACGAAACUGGAGGGUGAGAAGGUGCAGUUCUCUUGCGAGGCAAAAGCUCUUCCUGGUAACGUGACGGUGCGUUGGUUCCGAGAGGGUGCUCCAGUCACGGAAGUCUCGGCGUUGGACACGAGAGUGUCCAUCAAAACGAACGGCAGUCUCGUCAUCAAUCCCGUCAGCGCCGAUGACUCUGGCCAAUAUCUGUGCGAAGUGACGAAUGGCAUUGGUGAUCCUCAGAGUGCCAGUGCUUAUCUAAAUGUGGAAUAUUCAGCAAAGGUGACGUUCACCCCAACAGUUCAGUACCUGCCGUUCCGUUUGGCUGGCGUGGUGCAGUGUUACAUAAAAGCGAACCCACCCCUUCAGUACGUGACCUGGACGAAGGAUAAGCGACUGCUUGAGCCUUAUCAGACAAAGGACAUCGUUGUGAUGAACAAUGGCUCCCUGCUGUUUACACGGGUGAAUGAGAAUCAUCAAGGUCGAUAUACCUGUACGCCUUACAACGCGCAGGGCACACAGGGUAGUUCCGGUCCUAUGGAGGUAUUAGUACGGAAUCCGCCUGUGUUCACCCUCGAACCGGAACCAAUUUAUCAGAAGAAGGUCGGCGAGACGGUGGAGAUGCACUGUGACGCUCAAGAGGCCGAGGGCACGCAGAAACCUACGAUACAGUGGCACCGGAGGGACGGCGCGUCGAUCCAACGUAAUCGAGCCAAGAUGGUCGGUGGUAAUUUGACGAUCGAGAGCCUUCGACGUUCCGACUUUGGUUUCUAUCAGUGCGUUGCAUCGAACGAGGUGGCCACCAUAUCCGCUUCGACGCAACUAAUCGUCGAAGGCACUCAACCCCAUGCGCCUUACAACGUGUCCGGAACAGCGACUGAAUUCUCGGUCACGUUGACUUGGCUGCCAGGUUAUUCUGGCGGACCUGAUUAUAAGCAAGAUUACACUAUUUGGUACAGAGAGUCGGGCACGUCGGAAUGGGAAACGAUACCAGUGACUCCGUCUGGUAGCACAACGGUGACGAUCAACAGACUGACGCCAGGUACGCUGUACGAGUUCCAAGUGAUCGGGAAGAACGCUUUGGGCGAUGGGAUGCUGAGCAAAGUCAUUACCGUCAGGACGCUUGACGUGGCACUGACACACUCAGCGACUCCAUCCUCGAGCGCCGGUCAAGCUGCAGCCACGGAUCAAAGCGACAUCUUAGAUUAUAAUACUCUCAUAUUACCAACUGAUUCCACCGGCAACCCAGCGUUUCCGCCAAUCAUGCGACCUAAAGGACCAAAGCCAGGUCCUCCCAGGAAUCUGACGGUGACAGAAAUCAGCAAUGGUUUCCUGAUAACCUGGCAACCCCCUCUGGAACGUAGUCACCUGAUUCAAUACUACACCAUCAAAUACAAGACGGACGGACCGUGGAAAAUGCUCAACAAGGGACAAAUCCGACCUGAGGAAACCAGCUAUUUGGUGAAGAAUCUGGUCGGUGGUAGGACCUACUAUUUCCAAGUGUUCGCCAACUCGGCGACGAAUUACGGGGUCAGCGAGCAGGUGAAAUUUCCGGUGCCUGCUCGAGUGAAGCACAAGGCGAUCACCGCUGGUGUCGUCGGUGGUAUACUCUUCUUCAUCGUCGCGAUCAUCUUGAGCAUAUGCGCGGUGAAGAUUUGCAAUAAGCGGAAAAGACGAAAACAGGAGAAAGAACUGCUUUCAGCGUAUAGUAUGGUGGCCUGCCGGGUCACCGACGCCAGGAACGGCGCAGGGCAGGGGCCCCAGGGAACAGUGCCUUUGAAAAAACCUAGAAAAAGCCGAGUACCAGGUCUGAAUCUCCUGCGGGAGAUCCUGAGUCCGGAUACCCCGGACUCGUGCCGCGGCCGACCGUUGGGUAAGAUCUCACGCGCGGCUGACGGUCGUUUCGUGGUAGCGGAUUCGGUGCUCAGCUCGGCUAACAACAGCAUCCUGGAUGCGUCGAGCAGCGACGACGGUGGAUUUCUUCCGAAACAGCGGCUCAAAUCGUCCUGGCGAAGGCCGUUGGUCGGCACCAGCCAGCUCAGUCUUAGAUCCGAGGGUAGCGGUGUGUCUAUCGGAGGGCUACCUUCCAUCCAUCAUCAUCAUCAUCAUCAUCACGGGACAGUGAACUCGUUGGCUAGAAUAGCGCCAGCGAUCUGCACGAUCUCGUCGCCCAGGUUUCUGGCUAGUUCACCGAGCGGUCAGCAGGUACCCUGGACGCCGUUGUACUUUAGCGAUCUCAGCUCCGUCAGGCAGCCAUCCUCCGGUGAACGUUCCUUCCCGACCCCGCCGGAUUACCUGCAGCUCCGAACCGUGCACCAGCGAUACAGUCAAGAACUGCCCUCCUUGAAGGCGAUUCAUGCCGAAUCGAGAAGAUUCGUGCCGGUUCAGCCGUUGGCUACCUCCUCGCCACCUCAGCCGGCCGGCAGGCCAAGGGCCAGGCUACCUCCUAGGCACGCCAGGCACGCCAGAUCUGCACCAGAGCUGGCUGCGUCUCCGGAUCUGGAAACAUCGCCGGAAAGCAGGUCCAGCAGUUCGGGUUUCGGUAGUAAAAACACGUCGCAACAGAACCAGAGCUCGAGGAGUGGUAGCACGGUAGCCGAGUGGAGACCUCCACCUUACAGACCUCCACCGCCGCCUCUGGUCGGUCGUUGGCUCGAGCUUCAGGAUCAGGCUAAAGUCGGGCACACGCACAUACAGAACGCAAUGGACGCGGGCAGCGUGGACGGCCACUACGAGUUCGACCCUGUUUCAUGUACACCUACCCCAACGUCCGCCUCCACGCCGACCAGGGAGGAGAGACCACCGGUGCAUCAGAUACACACCAUCCACGUGCCGCACAUUCACCAGGUGCACACGGUUCAUCAUCAGCCGCCGAGGUACACCAGGGACAACAUCGAGGCAAGGGUGCAAGCUAUGAAGGCCGAGUUUCAUCAGUUUCGGCAACGGCAAGCGAGGAGAAGACAAAGCGCGCACCUGGAGAGCGCCUGUUGACGGCACUGUUCACUUUUAGACUACUUUUUAGGCUGCGUCGUUCAGUUUCAAAAAAAUAUUAUAGUUCCGAUCAGCGGAUACGUCGAGUAAACAGCCGGCUGUGACGAAAGCUAAUGCAAACGCGAACUGCGAAUGCGGCGUCGCGGCGCGGCGUCGCUGUGAUUUAUAGACCAACUGUUCAAGCACAACGAGGAUCAUCGUACGAGAAUCCAGUGUAGGCAACUUCAAGUCAAUUCUAUAUCUGCUGGGCAACCAUUAUACAAACAAAGAAGGCUGUUACAAUCGUCGCGUCAGCUCAGGAUACAUAAAUUUUCGCCAACGCGACUACGUUAACGUGGUUAAAAUUCUUCUACGUUAAGAAGACAGAUCGUCGGAGUCUGAUUGUUGCCAAUUCCAAGGAAGAACGUCUUUCACGAUCGUCGUUCCAAAGAAUCCAGUGAAUCCAGCGAAUAUCAUCGACAGACGGUUCUGAUGAUUUUUCUUCACCUACACGGUAGAGAAAGAUGAAAUUGAGAUUAACCGAGAAACGAAGAAAUUCAGAGAAGAAUGUCAAGACACGACGGUAUGAUAUUCCAAAGAAACUGUGUACCGUGCUUCGUAUACCUUUUAAACGAAACGUAAGAUUAAUCUUAACCGUACAUUGUAAGUAAUAAUGCAAACACUCGAUAAGAAGAACAGCAAGAAACACAUAAACACACAUUGAAACGAAACCGAAAACGAAGCAAGCAACAAAGAAUCAAGUCAAGAUGAUGGAAUCACCAUACUAUAUAUAUACACAAACACACACACACACACACUCGCGCGCGCGCGCGCGCGCGAGAAAUUUGAAUAGAAACAACCAAAAAAGCAAAAAAGAAUUAAUUAUUAUUGACGAGCAAUGGACUCGAAACGUGAUAUUAGGCCGAAGCUUGCCUGGAGAUUGCUUAAGGACUCACUCGUACUGCACUGCCUGUUUAGGGUUUCGCUAGCGACCCAACAUAUUAUCGGCACAAUAAUUUUUCUUAAGCAACGUAAACGAGAUUAAGUAAGGUUCUAUGAAACGACACCCACGGUCAAUGAUAUGCGUUGCGUGCACACGUGUGUACGACCCUCUUCUUCGCGAGAUUCGUAAGGAACCCCCGCGCUCGCAAGGUUUUCCCUUUUUACACCGAUCGGCAUGAACCUUCGCCAUUUUUGCGAACUGCCAAGACGAUAGACCAGAGCCCCGAAGCCCCGAAGCCCCGAAGCCACAGGGAUAUGAAAUCGCGAAGCGUACACGCGUAUGCAAGCAUCGCUCGUGAUCGACCGUGAUCCGUGCAUUAGUAACGAAAAAUGUUACGCACGCGUACACAAGUUAUACAUAUAAAAGAAAGAAAAAAAGAAAAAAAAAAACAAGUCACAUCGACCCGAUACACGUGUAAAUUUGAAAGAUUUGUGUGUGUAUGUGUGAGGAAGAGAGAUAUUUUGAAUGGGAGAGCGAAAGAUGCGAGAAUGGCAACAGAAACACGCGCAUACACGCGAGAGAGGGCGUUCUUCGAGACCCAUCUAAUUCUUCACCAAAACGCGUUCUAUGUAUAAACAAAAAUCAUAUUCGAGUCGAGAUUCGAGGCUCGUAUACGGCCCACGGAGUGUUCGAGGAUACAAAUCAACGGGCUAAUUGUUCGAGUUAAACGCGACCUAAACUUAUCUCACGAAUACCGUAACGCGAGACUAUUUGAAUCGAAAGCAACUUCCCUCUUCUUUUUCGUUCCUUACUCUUCUUGUUCUUCUUAUUCUUAUCAUUUUUCUUUUAUUACGUUUUAUCGGCUGUUGCGCGAGACAGCGAAUCGAAUACUCUCGGGCCGUCUCAGCGUUUUAAUUUCCCCUUCUAUUAUUAUUAUUAUUAUUUCUUUGCAAUUUGUCUUUUAUAGUACAAACACUUAUUUAUAUUGUACCACAUAUUCUAUACAUACUUGUAUUGUUAUAAAUAUAUUAGCGAGGGCCCUACUCACGAUUCAACUAUACUUUCUUUGACGAAAUCGCGAAACACCGACGAGUGCAAACGACGCGGAUAUAAUAUAUACAUAUAUAUAUAUAUAUAUAUAUAUAUAUAUAUACACACACACACAUACAUAUAGAUAUAUGUAUAUCCCGUCGAGGCAGAAGGACACUCUGUUGUAUAAUUUUCGUUGAGAUGUAUUUGAAUGACAGACUGUGCGUGGGUGUAUACGAAAGAGCAAUAGAGUCCGAGGAACGAGUAACGAGAAUAAGAGGCGAGGAAGAAUGCACGCUUGUAUGAUUGACACGCGAGACAUGUGAGAGCUUGUUUCAACGAUAGACGAAAUUAACAUAGAAAAUAAUUGUUAAAUAAUAUACAGAAAUGGGUACGUCGUUACCUCCUUAAAAAAUUUAAUUAAAAAUUUUCCAAACCACCCACUGUAUGUAUAGAAAACCAAUGUCUUCUGUCCAUCGUUGAAAUACGUAUAAUUGACGUUCAAAUGGGAUACGAUGAGAAACAACGGUAAAAUAUGUAAAGAUACAAGAAAUGUGCGAUUAAAAUUCGUAUCAAGAAGAAGAGAGCAAGGGAGAGCGAAUCGGAGAAACAGAUGUUGAAACAUGGGGGUGACGCGAAAGAGUACCAAUAUUCUAAAGUAAUUCUAAUGAUUGAAUUAAUAAUUUGAUAAUUAAUUGAUAUUGUACAUCGUAAACGACGUAGCGUGUAGUGUAUUAAUCAACGAGAUCGACGAACGCGGCGACAACUAAUUCGUUAAAUUAAUUAGCCCGUUAAUCAUCCGUGGAAUCGCGAGAUGGAAGAGAAUACACGAGGGGGGAUAUGUUCGUGAUCGGGCCACGCCGUAAUUUUCGAUCGGUCGUUGCCCCGUUGUAUCAUAGUAAUCGAAUUAAAGGCGCGUCUCGAUCAAGCCCGUAUCACGAUCUACGCGGUAGCUUUGUAUCUCCUCGAAGAUUCAAUAGCAACAAAUAUUAGUCGAUCGAUAAUCUCUUUUUUGUACGUUGAAUGGUACCUCGAUCGAUCUCAAUUACAUACAUAUAUAAAACGCUCCUUUCGCAUCAAACCUGAGGACAACUCACGAUUCUACCGCGUAGAAAAGUAGGAAAAUAAAAGAAAUAAAAGGGUGCGUCGAUCGAUCGUCUUCGUGGAUCGACGUUUACCUUUUGAACCACAGUGAGACGGAAUUCCAAGAAUCAAGAAGAAAAGUCGAAAUUUUAAGGUUACGGGAUUGCUUUCUCUAAAUAAUUUUUGUAUAAUAUUCGCCACUUUAACUGGAAAAUAUGCUACUUCUUGCAAUUCUGCCCCACUGGGACGACCACUGAUCCCUCGUCCGAAGAAAAUGAACGCGAAAGAAUAAGUAACCAAUCGACAUAGGCGUAUAAGUAACGUAUAGAUAUAUCAUAGUUAGAUACAACGAUCUCAAUACGCGCUGAAAGAAAGAAUGAGAGUGAACGAUCGCUGAAUCGAGAGGAAAAUGAAGAUGUGGAUUCUCGACGAUCGUAGGUUGCCACGAAUGGUACGUUGAAACGCAAUCGUAUGCCUCGAGAAAAAAAAAAAAAAAAUCAUGUAAAGAGUCAGAGAGAAAAAAGAGAGACAGAAAAUUUUACCAAGGAAUAUAUAUAUAUAUAUUAUAUAUACAUAAAUAAUUAUAUAUAUACGUGUGUGUAUACAGAGAUGAUCGAGACGAAGAAUACACGUGGAAACGAUACGAAGAAAAAGGACAAUGGUUUCGCGCGAUCGCGUGUUAAAACUGAAUAAUAUGGUUGAAUCGUGAA